AUGCAUACCGCAUUGCUCUUGGCCGGUCUCGGCCUGGCCUCUCUUACUUCUGCUGGCUGUCCGUUCGCAGACCCGGCCAACAUCAACGCCAGAUCGGACAGUGAUGGGUCUCGUGAGCACCUUGCCGGUGCCGAACUCGACGACAGCGAGGGCUUCCUCACUUCAGAUGUCGGUGGUCCAAUCGAGGACCAAGUCAGCUUAAAGGCUGGGAUCCGCGGCCCGACUUUGCUCGAAGACUUCAUCUUCCGCCAGAAGAUCACCCAUUUCGAUCACGAGAGAGUCCCGGAACGAGCCGUACACGCCCGUGGCGCCGGUGCCUACGGGACUUUCACCAGCUACAGCGACUACAGCAACCUCACAGCCGCCUCUUUCCUCAGCCAGAAGGGCAAGCAGACGUCGACGUUUGUGCGGUUCUCUACCGUUGCCGGAUCCAGAGGGAGUGCGGACACCGCCAGAGACGUUCACGGCUUUGCGACCAGAUUCUUCACGGACGAGGGCAACUUUGAUAUCGUGGGGAACAAUAUUCCGGUUUUCUUUAUCCAGGAUGCGAUUCAGUUCCCCGACCUGAUCCAUUCCGUCAAGCCGAGACCAGACAAGGAAAUUCCCCAAGCCGCCACUGCGCACGAUUCGGCAUGGGACUUCUUCAGCUCCCAAACAAGUACGCUGCACACGUUGUUCUGGGCAAUGGCUGGAUACGGCAUUCCCAGAAGCUACCGCCACAUGGACGGCCAUGGCGUGCACACAUACCGUGUCGUGACCGAGGACGGCAACUCGAAGCUUGUCAAGUGGCACUGGAAGACCCUUCAAGGCAAGGCAAGCUUGGUCUGGGAGGAGGCCCAAGUCGUCUCCGGCAAGAACGCCGAUUACCACCGUCAGGACCUCUGGGAUGCCAUCGAAUCUGGCAACGGCCCCGAAUGGGAGCUCUGCGUUCAGGUGCUCGAGGAAACAGAUGUCCUCAAGUACGGCUUCGACCUGCUGGACCCCACCAAGAUCGUGCCCGAGGAGAUUGCACCUCUCCAGAGGCUGGGCAAGAUGAAGCUCGAUGCCAACCCGGUCAACUACUUCGCGGAGACCGAGCAGAUCAUGUUCCAACCCGGCCACAUCGUCAGGGGCAUCGACUUCACCGACGACCCUCUGCUCCAGGGCCGCAUCUUCUCGUACCUGGACACGCAGAUCAACCGCCACGGCGGCCCCAACUUCGAGCAGCUGCCCAUCAACCGUCCGAUCACCCCCAUCCACAACAACAACCGCGACGGCGCCGGCCAGAACUUCAUCCACCGCAACAAGUACCCAUACACCCCCAACACCUUGAACAAGGGCUUCCCGGCGCAGGCGAACAAGACGCAGGGCAAGGGCUUCUUCACCGCCCCGGGACGCGCCAGCACCGGAAACCUGGUCCGCGAGAUCUCCGACACCUUCGACGACCACUGGUCCCAGCCGCGCCUGUUCUACAACUCCCUGACGCCCGUCGAGCAGCAAUUCCUCGUCAACGCCAUCCGCUUCGAGACCAGCCACAUCGAGUCCGACGUCGUCAGGCGGAACGUCCUCACCCAGCUCAACAGGGUCAGCAACGACAUCGCCAACCGCGUCGCCGACGCCCUCGGCAUGGACCGCCUCCGGCCGGACCCCAAGUUCUACCACGACCGCACCACCCGCGGCCUCUCCAUCUUCGGCAACCGGCUCCCCACCAUCGCCACCCUCAAGGUCGGCGUCCUCGCCAGCCUCGCGGUCGAGGGGUCCGUCGCCCAGGGCAAGGCCCUCAAGGACGCCUUCGCCGCCGAGGGCGUCCUCGUCACCGUCGUCGCCGAGAAGCUGCUGUCCUCCUCCCUCGGCGGCGGCGUGGACAUGACGUACUCCCAGGCCGACGCCACCUCGUUCGACGGCGUCGUCGUCGCCGCCGGCGCCGAGAGCCUCUUCAACGGCACCAACCGGUCGCCGCUGUACCCCGCGGGCCGCCCCGCCCAGCUCGUCAUCGACUCGUACCGGUGGGGCAAGCCCGUCGGCGCCGUCGGCGCGGCGCUGGAGAGGUCGCCCGCGCUCGGCGUGCAGGCCGGCAACGGCGUCUACUCGGCCGACGGCGUGGGCGGCAUCGUGAGCAGUUUCAAGGAGGGUCUGGCGACGUUCCGAUUCACGGACCGUUUCGCCACGGACUAG